AUGUCGGGCGCCUACUCGCCGGGCCUCACAGCCUCCGAGAGGAAGAAUGCGCCGUGCUCGGGCGGCUGCUUCUCGUACGACCAGAUCAAGUACCAGUACCUCUCGGGCUACUUCAAUGCCCACAUGCUGCCCAAGCCCUCGUACCGCUACGUCUACCUGCUCUGGUUCGUCGUCGUCUUUGUCAGCCUCGUCUUGGGCCUCGCCCACUGGCUCAACGUCGGCGAGCGGAGUUACAUUGGCGCCGUCUGGAAAAAGUGGGCCACCAAGAACCGCGUCUACAAGGUCGGCAAGCGCGUCGACGUCCACGGCAACCCGCUCUCCAAGACGCACAGCGGCGCGGCGCCCGGCGGCAACGCCUACCCUCCAAGAGGCGCCGCCGAGCUGCGCAGCGGCGUGCGGCCCGGGCCGCCGCGGCAGCGCAAGAUGUUCUCGUUUCCGAGCUUCGGCCGUCUGGUCCUCCUCUUUUUCUUCCUGGCGGUGCCCAUCUGCCUGACGCUGAUCGGCGCCGACUUCAUCGGCCCCAACGCGAGCCUGUUCGACCUGCGGGAGAGCUGGCCCAAGCGGAUCCCGACGACGACCGUCGGCCUGUCGAGGCGCACCGUCCUCCAGACGCUGCAGAAGCGGGUCCAGUGGGGCGCCGGCGACUACCCCGCCGUCACGACGGUGCCCCCGACCAUCACGCUGCCCUACCGUACGUGGUGGACCAUUGGCGACCGGACGGGCGACAUCACCAGCGCCCUCGUGCCCGUCGUCGUCAUCAUGGCGCUCAAGCAGGUCCCCUUUGCGCUAUUCUCGCUGCGCAUCUUUGGCGGCUACGCCUUCGACCGCCUCUCGUUCCUGCACAAGUGGGGCGGCAGGAUCAUCUGGCUGUUCGCCACGGCCCACCUCGUCACCUGGACGGUCCAGCUCAACAAAGAUCAGCGGCUCGGCGACCCAGUGUGGAGCUUCGUCUUUAUGUGGGAAAAAUUCCGAUGGGGCUGGGUGUCGUACGGCUUCCUCACGGCCAUGAUGGCCCUGUCGAUCGGACACAUCCGCGUGCGCUUCUACGAGUUCUUCUACAUCGCCCACGUCGUCACCGUCGUCGGCUUCAUGGUCGCCGCCGUGCUCCACCACCCGCCGCUCGGUCAGUGGAUCUACAUCCCGCUCGCCUGGUGGGCUGCCGACCGGCUGUCGCGCCUGCUCAAGAUCGCAUGGGUCAACGGUCUCGGCUUCGCUGGCCGCAAGCCUCAGUUUGCCCUCACCCCCUCGGACACCGUGACUGGCCACGCGGAAAAGGACCUCGCCAGCCUCGCCUAUGCCGAGUCGUCUCGCGGCCACGGCACGAUGCCGAGCUCGUCGUCGUCGCACAAGCCUCGCAACUUCAGCGUGCCAGAGUCGUCGCAAUCGCACUCGCACUCGCACUCACACUCGCAUUCGCACUCGCUCUUCGGCUCCGACAGGGUGCCGCUGUCCGCGGCGGAUGCGUACGUCAGCCCGUCCGGGACCCCGCCAGACGAGGGCGGCAUCGCGCUCGAUGGCCAGGACCCGUCGCGGGGCCACCCGGACACCGCCUACGCCGCGGGCGUCGAGCGCAGGGCGACAAAGUGGAGCGCGCGGUACGACCCCGUGCACGAUCUGAUCUCGGACUAUGCGUCCCGGCGAGGGUCGGACAGCGAGCACGUCAGGUACCAGCUCGAGGAUACGGGCGCUGCCAGCUUGCCCGCCGCCGAUUCCCAGCAACGCGGACAGCAGCCGCGUCCGGCCGCCAGGAGGGUGCCGUCGACGUCCUGCUUUGACAGCAGCACCUUCGCGCAUUCGUCGUACCCCUCGCAGCAGUCGAGCUUGGCGGGCGGGUCGCGCUCCUCCAAGCCCCGCCCCGCCAUGUCGGCGGACGUGGCCGCCGUGAUUCGUCCCGGCUACGCAUUCGUCCAGCUGCUGCCGGGAAAGACGCUGCGCCUGACGCUGCGCACGCCCAACCAGAUGUCCUGGAGGCCCGGGCAGUGGGUCUAUCUCAACCUGCCGGGCGUGCGCUGGUUCGAGUCGCAUCCCUUUACCAUCGCGUCGGCGCACGACGCCGAGUUCCCCGUCUCGACCGAGUUCACCGACGUCGACGAGGAAAAGGGCCUCUCGCGGCCUUCGCAGAAGGUCAAGGGAGAGGAGCGCACCAUCGUGCUGCUCGUGCGCGUGCGGAGGGGCUUUACGUCGCAUCUCUGGAACCACGUCGUCAAGCGCCGGCAGCAGCAGAUCGAGGCCGCCGCCGACGCGCAGCCGGGCGCGGCCUUUGGCGGCUUCGAGAGCUCGCUGCUGCCCGCGAUGGCCAUCGGCAAGGGAACCACGGGCGUCCACAUGCGCGCCAUCAUCGACGGGCCCUAUGGAUCCGCCAAGCGCACCGAGUGGGGCAUCCACUCGAGCGUCGUCAUCGUCUGCGGCGGCUCCGGCGUCAGCUUCGGCAUGUCGGCGCUCGAGCACCUGUGCGCCUGCAUCGUCGGCGCCGAACGGCUGGGCAAAAGGGGCAAGGGAGGCAAGAACUUCCUCGUCCAGCGCAUCCGCUUUGUGUGGAUCCUGCGCGAGUUCGCGCACCUGCAGUGGGUCGCCGCCCCGCUGCGCCGCUGCAUCGAGAUGCUCGCGCCCGAGCAGCUGCGUGUCGAGCUCUACGUCACCCACUACCACGACCAGAGCGCCAUCGCCGCGCAGCCGCAAUACUAUCCCGGUGCCGACUUUGCACCGCCCAGCGCCCCCUUUGGCCACGACACCGGGCGGCACAGCUACAUGUCGUCCAACGACGGGCCGCUCAACGGGCCGCCGCCGCCGGCUGCGCGCUUCACCGAGGGCAACGAGCAGGAUGAGUUCGACGUCACCGCCUACGACCUCACCCACUUUGACGGUGAGGACGAGAGCGCACCCACGGCGGCCGAGAUGGAGAUGAGCAAGCGCAUUCGCAGCGAGGGCAAGCUGCGGCGAGCCCAGACGAGGAAGGCCACGAUGAAAAAGAAGGGUGGGCGCGGGCUCAAGGGGCUCGUGUCGCGCCGCUUCUCGAACGACACCAACAAGAUGCUCUCGACGCCCGAAAAGGCGUCGACCCCCCUGCCGGGCAGCGACUCCGAGGGCCCGCCGCGGCGCUCCCGGCGCAACUCGUCGUCCGAGCGCGACCUGGGCGAGCGGAGGGACUCGGAGCCGUUUGCGCACUCGCGCCACAACUCGCUGGGCCUCGACAUGGCCGCCGGUGCCGGUCACGGGACCCCUCCGAGGCCGACCAACGUUUCGCGCCGCAGCAGCUCGUUUUCGCAGCUUCCGCGGCCGGCCUUCCUCGACCUGCCGCCGCCGGCCGGCCCCUACUCGGCACACGCGUCGCAGGCGCCGACGCCCGGCGUGGUCCACCUCGUGUCGGACGCCGCCUCGCGCGCCGCCGCCAUCUCCACGCCGCAGCACGAUGACGUGCCCAUCGACCUCGACGACGACGAGGACAUGGACCUGCGCGUCAUUGCCGAGCUGGCGCGGCCCGGCCACCCCAAGCUCGACCGCAUCGUGCGCGACGAGGUCGAGGCGGCCCGCGGCCGAGUCCUCGUCGCCAACUGCGGGCCAAAGAGCUUGGACGUCGUCCUCCGCUCCAUUGUCAGCAAGCAGAUCGACCUCGACCGAGUCCGCCGUGGCGACCUCCGCGGCCACGUCAACGUCGUCAGCGAGUGCUUCGAAUGGGGCGGAUAG